CCGGCUUCUGUUCAGUCGCCUGGAGGAGCUUCUCAGUUUCUGCUUCAGUCUGAAGGACGCUGCUCUCGACUCUGAAGCUCCCGAAGAAAAAAAAACCUGAAAGAUGGCUGUGAAUAAAUGCAUCAAGUACCUGCUGUUCUUUUUCAACCUUCUCUUCUGGCUGAGUGGCUGCAUCAUCCUGGCCGUCUCCAUCUACCUGAAAGUCAGCAAACAUAACAGCAAGAUCACUGAUGAGUCUCUUCCUGGCGUCGACCUGAUGAUCGCCAUCGGUGUCAUCAUCAUGGUUCUCGGCUGCCUCGGCUGCUGCGGCGCCAUCAGGGAGAACCGCUGCAUGCUGCUGCUGUUCUUCAUCAGCCUCCUCCUCAUCUUCAUCCUCCUGCUGGCGGCGGGAAUCCUGGCGGCCGUGGCAGAGAAUAAGGUGGAGGAGUGGGUGAAGGAAAGUCUGGAUAAGUUCACACCGCUGUCGGAUCAAAAACCAGAUGUGAUAGAGGAUCUGGAGAAGAUGCAGAGAGAGCUGAAGUGCUGCGGUCUCAUUAACGGACAACAAGACUGGGCGGGAAAAAUUCCCAACUCCUGCAAAUGCAACAGCACCGAGACCAGCACCUGUACAGGAACCUACUAUGACACGCCUUGUGCCACUCAGAUCGUCAAGUUGUUGGAGAGCAACAUGGAGGUUGUGAUCGGCAUCGCCUUCGCCAUCGCCGUCCUGCUGAUCUUCGGUAUGGUCUUCUCCAUGAUCCUCUACUGUCAGAUCGGCAGGAAGCAGGAAGCCACGACGACCGCCUGAGCCAAUCAGCUGCCGCCAAAUCACCUCAGUGCUACUGUAACGCAUCCUGGGCUUUUAUUGUGAAGGAGCAUGUCGAUGUUUUGUCUGAAAUUUAGCACAGAACCCCAAUAGAGACAGGUACGGAAUACCAGUGGUGCCGAAAAUACAAAUAUGGAUUAAUUCCAUCUAAAAUCGACACGUUUCUUCUGCUCAGCCAAUUCUGAUUUGCUUUAAACUCUUUUGUUAUAAACUAUGAAUGUUUAAAAUGGUAUCUGUAAAGUUUUAGGUUGAUAUAUUAAAUCGUUUUUAAGAUUUUAGUUUAGUUUUUUUUUUUUUUUUAAAAACUACCCGUUGAAACAAAGCAUUUCUCCAAAAAAUCUAACAUUUCUACCAUUAAACAGCUUUUUAAUGUCAAAAAAGAUGCUAAAAAUGACACAAAAAGGCACAAAGUGGACACAAAAGAUCCUUAAAAUGACACAAAAAGACACAAAAUGGACAAAAUGGUCCUAAAACAGACACAAAAAGGACAAAAAGAUGCUAAAAAUUUUAUAAAAUGACACAAAACGGGACAAUAAAGAUGCUAAAAAUGAGACAAAACAGGACACAAAAGAUACCAAAAAUUACACAAAAAGACAAAAUGGACACAAAAAAUGCUAAAAAUGACACAAAAAGACACAAAAUGGAAAAAUAGAUGCUAAAAAUGAAAUAAAAUGACAUUCAAAUCAUCACUUUCGGCGGGUCUUUUCUCACGUUGAAAUCUGAGAAACUAUUAAAGAUAAAAACCUGAAAUUUUCACUUUUAUUUCUCCUCAUGUCACUGAUUCAGAAUCUGGUGUAAUGGAAAUUUUAUUAUUUGAAGCCUUAUCAUUUAAAGUGUUGCUUUGCUAUCUGAAGAUAUAUACAUUUUUAUUGUUUGAUACUGAUGAAUGAGGAAAUAUAUUCUUGUGCCUCUGUAAUGUAACACCUGUGCAGUGUAACCUUUGAGAUGGUUGAACUUUGCUUAACCCAGCCAGAAUGCUAUGUCUGCUGACCUUCCUAUCAGACAUACCAGAUGGUAGAAAAGAGGUGCUGGAAGUAGCAGCCACUGAUGUUGCCCCCACUUGAACCUCGCUUUUCUUCUUACUAAGCGUUCACACUUAUUGUUCAAGCGAGGACUCAACGAACCACAGAGACGUUCCAGGGGGGGUAAGAUGGGGGUUGUCUGAACAUCCUGACAUUGUUACCUUAGUUGUUAGAAAAACCGCCCUGCAAGCAGUUAAGACAGAUAAGCAACUUUCUAUGUGUGUGUAUGUGCAACUGAAAGUAUAUAAUGGGUUACUUCCUCUUGAGAGGCACUUGCAGUUCCUCUCUCGCUGCAAUGUCACCUGUUCCAUGAUGCUUCAAUAAAAAAGACAAAGACACUUCUGGACUCAUCAGAGGUUUAUUCAUACAUCGAUCGACCAAGGCUGAACUUAGUUUUUUCCAGAACACUGGAACAUUUGGACAAGUUGAUCAAAUAAUCUCUGAUCAUAGGCGAGUUGAAAUUUUUAACAAAAUCAUUUAAAGUCUCAUCUUUGAGCUCAUAUUUAAUAAAAUAAUCAUCAACUAGUGAUAUUUUCUGAACCGUUUUUAGCUGCAAGUCACAGUAUUACAAAACUGAAUAUGUAGAAUGCUGUUAUUUGGAAAUAUUUGGUCACAGAAAUGAAAAGAAAGUCAUUUUGGUUAAAGUUUAAUAACUCAUUGAUCAGGUUUGUCAAGUUGAACCACAAAAACUCAAAUAGAAAUCGUCUAAACCGAGAAAAAAACAGUUUCAAAAUGGUUCCAGCAUUUUAGUUUUUGUGAUGCAACUUGUCAAACCUGCUCAAUCAGGUAUGAAAGUUCAACAAAAAGAAUAACUUUCUAUUCAUUUUUGGGACCUAAUAUUUCAAAGUAAAAGUCUUUUUUUAUGUUCAGUUUUGUAUUAUUGUGACCUGCAGCUAAAAAUGGUUCAGAAAAUAUGAUUAGUUAACUGUUAUUUUUUAAAAUAUGAGCUCAAAGAUAAGACUUUCAAUGACAGGAACUCAAUCAGAGAUUAUUUAAUCUAUUUGUCCAGUAUUUCAGAUUCUGAAUCAACGACGUGAUGAGAAACAACAGAAAAUUUCAGUUUUUUUUCUUUAAUAGUUCCUCAGAUAUUUUUGUUCAAACAGCCCCGAAAAGAUGUUCUGAAAGUGUGUCGACGGGCAGUUUUUAAAAACGUAAUUAUCUUGGAAAAUGUCUAACAUAUGAAGCUAAAAUUUUGCAAAUAUCUUCUUAAAUAUCUAUAAUUUAUGCUCUGAAAGUUUCAGGCAAAUUUAGAGAUAAUUGAGGAGAAAUUGUUUGAAAAAUUUCAGGAUUUUAGAUGGAAUGAAGCCGAUUUUUUUUUUUUUUGGUAAAAUGUCAAAGUUUUAACUUUUUAGGAAUUUUACGGGCAUUUUAACAAAGCUGUAAAACAUUAACACUGUUUUGUCCACAUUUCCGUUCACAUCAUGGCCUGAAAGAACAAUAAUUAUUAUUUGUAUGGAACACAAUUCCUGCCAAAAUAUAAAUAUACCCUACACAAAUCAUUUUACGAAUCUCAACUUGUAUUUUUAGUUUUCUUCAUGUGCUUAUUUUUUCUUUUUAGUAUUUAAUUAGAAAAAGGAAAUCUGAAGUCACAGCUACAGGUAUAUUAUAGUUAUAUGUUUUGUGGCACAAAUGUGCUUCCGUACUUUAUAUCAAAGCCCUCCAUCCACACGCCUUUCAAAAUAGAAGACAUUCCAACAAAACAAUAAGCUUUAAAUUUGACAUUAUUGAUGUUAUUAUUAUAAAAGUAAAAAAGUUUAAAGAUGUUUGAGUGAAAUUUUGUGUCUUUUUCCUGCUGAUUUUAUUUUUGUUUUUAGUCUGGCACUGGUGUUUUUAUUUUCGUGUAUUUUUGGGGGGGCGGAAAUCGUACCAAAGGCCUCGUAACAUUUGCUUGCUUUUAUCUCAUGAUUCUCUCAUAAUGAAAUAAAAUGAAGCAGAAGAAUAUAUAUUCAGAUCUACUGAAAUAAAAAUGGUCUCAAGUC